CACGAGGCGGGGAGAGUGGUUGCCGGAAGUAGUCGCUGAGGGAAGCGCAGUCGGACCCGGCAGUUGGGAGUGUGUAAGUUAGUGCCUGCUGGGAGCCCGGGGAUCAUGGGCAGAUGAGAGUUGCCUGCUGGAGCCGGUGGGCACCCCCUGCAGCAAAACCUUAAUCAUAUUGGCUUCAUAUAGCCAAGCGGGUCAUCUUUCUGGGUGCUCAUUAAGGACAAACAGCCUCUACUGCCUUCUCUCUCUGGCUAAGACCUGACAGCCCACAUUCUGAAAUAGAAGGAGGGAGCAUUUACUUUCAGAAAGAUUUAGGCAAUGGCUGCUCCUCCUUUCACCGGGCUCACAGCGGUUGCUGAUGUAAUUAAAGAUCUAGACACUCAGAUAGCUUUGAUUGGCCUCGGUCCCCACAAUCCCAAAAAAAAACAGGACCUUGACAAGCUCCAUGAACUGAAGGCCAAAGCCCGGCAGAUUAUGAACCAGUUUGGCCCCUCAGCCUUGAUCAACCUCUCCAACUUUUCAUCCAUAAAACCAGAGCCUUCCAGCACCCCCCCUCAGGGGUCCAUGGCCAACAGUACCACAGUGGGAAAGAUGCCAGGCCCCCCAGGGACAGGGGGCAGACUUAGUCCAGAAAGCAAUCAGGUUUUGACCAAGAAGAAAUUACAGGACCUGGUUAGAGAAGUAGAUCCCAACGAACAACUGGAUGAAGAUGUGGAAGAGAUGCUACUACAGAUUGCCGAUGACUUCAUCGAGAGCGUAGUGACAGCAGCGUGCCAACUGGCCCGGCAUCGAAAGUCUAACACUUUAGAGGUCAAAGAUGUUCAGCUGCAUUUAGAGCGCCAGUGGAACAUGUGGAUCCCAGGUUUUGGCUCAGAAGAAAUACGACCUUACAAAAAGGCCUGCACCACAGAGGCCCACAAACAGAGAAUGGCCUUGAUCCGCAAAACAACCAAGAAAUAACACAUGGGAGGGGCAGGGAGAAGACAGCGCUGCAUUUGGAAACACAGGAGAGGCCUCCAAAAUAUCGCCUAUGGAAUUUUUUUCAUGCUUUAAAGAGAAGCAUAUGUUUUUAUUAACAAUACAGCAAUAUCUCUAGUGACUGAGGAGACCUGCCAAAAACCCUAGCCAUUAUAUGGUCCCAGUUCCCCUCCCUUUCACUUGCCCUCUCAGAGGGGAGCAAUGUAUCUCAACCCAAAGGAGGUUUUAUUUGUGGUUUAUCCUAAGCGAUUGUCCGAGGGACAGAGAGCAUCCUGGUCUUGUUUGAUGCGACAGUAGAGGUUUCUGUUUCCCUUUCCUCCCCAUACUUUGUAAUGUCAGUGUUUAUAUGAAUGACUUUGAUUUGUUUUUCAAAAAUAAAGAUGUUAUUAAUCUAA